UACUGAGCGCACGCGCAUCGAUAACACCCAUCAGCUGUUGUUUUAUAAUACAAGCAAUGCAAUACAUUGUUUUGCGUUUAACAAUUAAUAAGCAAUGCUAUUAACGCUGCGUGUGCAGGGCACAAGACUGUGCUCGAGUCGUCGUCGUCUGUUGGCCACCAGUGCAGCCGAGGAGGCCAAGAAGCUGACUACAACGACACCACAGCAAUUGGAGAUCAACGGAGGCACUUAUGCCACGGACAGUUGGACAAAUGUGACUCCAAAGAUAUUGACACAUCUGGGCUUGAAUAAACAUCUGCAGCGGGAUCAUCCGUUGGCCAUAAUACGUAAGCGUAUUGUCAACUAUUUCUAUGGCGCCUAUCGCAAUCAGCGUGGAAAUCCGCUGUUUUCCGUCUAUGAUCAACUCAGUCCGGUGGUCACAGUGCAGCAGAAUUUUGAUAAUCUGCUCAUACCCAGCGAUCAUGUGAGUCGCCAGAAGUCGGAUUGUUAUUACAUUAAUCGGAAGCAUCUGUUGCGUGCCCAUACAACAGCGCAUCAGGUGGAGCUCAUCUCUGGCGGACUGGAUAACUUUCUGGUUGUGGGCGAGGUUUAUCGUCGGGAUGAGAUCGAUAGCACACAUUAUCCAGUGUUCCACCAAGCGGACGCAGUGCGUCUGGUCACUAAAGAUAAGCUCUUCGAGCGUAAUCCCGGCCUGGAGUUGUUCGAGGAGACGUGGACGGGUUCGCUUGCCGAUCCCAAACGCAUUUUACCCUCAUCUAAGUGCAUGGAUCAGACCAAACAACCCUGCCACACUCUGGAGGCCGUCAAACUGAUGGAGCACGAGAUGAAACAUGUGCUGGUGGGUCUCACCAAGGAUUUGUUUGGGCCACGCAUCAAGUACCGUUGGGUGGACACAUAUUUCCCCUUCACCCAGCCCUCAUGGGAACUGGAGAUCUAUUUCAAGGACAACUGGCUGGAGGUGCUCGGCUGUGGCAUCAUGCGCCAUGAGAUUCUGCAGCAGGCUGGAGUCCAUCAAUCGAUUGGUUAUGCUUUUGGUUUGGGUCUGGAGCGUCUCGCCAUGAUUCUCUUUGAUAUACCCGAUAUACGGUUGUUCUGGUCAAAUGAUAGUGGGUUCUUGUCGCAGUUCAGUGAGGAGAAUCUUCAGAAUCUGCCCAAGUACAAAGCCAUCUCACAUUAUCCACAAUGCACCAAUGAUUUGUCCUUUUGGCUGCCAUCCAAUGUGGAAGUGAAUGCCGGCUUCUCACCCAAUGAUUUCUAUGAUCUGGUGCGCUCGGUGGCUGGCGAUGUUGUGGAGCAGAUCAGCUUGGUGGACAAAUUCAAACAUCCGAAGACGGGAAAAUCGAGCGUCUGUUUCCGCAUCGUCUAUCGGCAUAUGGAGCGCACUUUGACCCAGGCGGAGGUCAAUGAAAUACACAAGCACAUUGCCGACGCCAGCGUGGAAAGUUUUAAUGUGCAAAUACGCUAGUCUUUAAUUGUUUAAUUGUUUUUACCCUCAAAUUAGUUAAAAUAAAUUUACAAAUUUCAAACAAGAAAUUGAUCAAAUAUAAAAA